CAGCAGCGGCAACGGCGGCGGCUCUCUGUCGGUCGGCUUGGCUCCGCUUGUCACUAUCGACAACAGUCAACACCAACAAUCGCUGCUGCGGCGGUACCAACAACGGCGGCGGCGGUUGUUGGAGCACCUUUUGAGAGCUGGAUUCGGGCUGGCGGCAGACAUCCAGAGCCCAAUUGGACCGAGCAGUGCGACGAGACCAGUGGAGACCCCUUUGUCGUCGUGCUGUGUCGACCAUUGCUGGCAACCAAGCCGUAUCGAUACAUGGACCGAUAUAAACGAAGAGAGAGCGGCCGCAGCAUCACGCACAACAGCUUCAACUAGAGAUAGACAUCGACUUUGGGGCAGAAUCACGCGUACGGAUAUACACGAUUUGGGUUUUGCUGGUGCGGUGUGCCGUGUGCGAGCGGCGCUGUGUUAUGCAGCCUGAAGACAACGACUGAGUGAGCAGGACAAGCGGUCCCAGCCAAGCAAACAAGCUUGCCUCAGCGGGUAGGUGGUGAUAAGGAGUGCACCUCGGAAGCGAGUCGUAAGCUGGUACCACUGCUAACACCGGCUACGACCGCUGAACCGAUGUGUGCUCCAGGUUCGGCGAACGACAGUGCUGCUGUUGAAAUAGUGGUUGGAAGGCACACGAACCAGCUGUAGGGUUAUCAUCGUACGGCAGCUGCUGCGCAAUGAAGUAAUACUACCGUUAUACUGAUACAACGACUAAAUGUGAGUAGUUGCUGCCACCGUGAGCGCCCACGGCUGUGCGGGAGGAAAAAGCUCUCGAACAAACAGCUGCUCCGAAGCAACGGACUGUUCGAUGAGGACUGACAGUAAAACGCCGUCAAGCAACGGAAACUAAAAACGGGAAAACAGACAAACUUGAGACUGCCGGUGCACGUUGUUAUGACGGCAAUAGAUUUGUAAUCUUUUGUGCGAGAGUAAUUUCUGGAAAUAGCGUUGCUUUGCGUGUUCGUGUGUGUACGGUCUGUGUAAGUGUCGAUCUGCACGGGGAAUCCUCAUCGUCGCCGCUGGGGUCGCUUCUCUAGUCAGACACUUAUGUAGCCGACACUCCGUAAUCAGACUCUGCAGACAUACAAAGGAACUCCUCUAAUUGCUAUUAUAUAAUACUAUAUCCUCUUAUACAAUAGAAGAAGGCGGCUGGUCAACUGUAGUUGUCGCACACGCGUACCGCAUAGACGCCACACUGCAGAGCCCGACACCCCUCUUUCCGUCGCUGUAAGUUUAAUUGAGAUUUUUGCGUUUUGUCUGCCUGAUUUGCCCGGCAUCUUGUUGGUGUUUUUUAUAUCUGAAUUUUGGCCGCCACCUGCCAGAGCAUAACGACAACAUCAUCAAUAAUAACAACGACACUAUUCUAUUAAAGCUAGCGCCGGCAACAGAGGACCCCUUGAGCCUGCAGCGGGAACUGCGUGAGUCAACUCGGCUUUUGCAUCGGAGACAACAAGCUAAUGAGCGGCACAUGAACGAAACGCUAGCAAACGUAACGACCCGAACGGUCUGAUACGUUGGAUUGUAAAUACGCACGGUGGGUUGCUAGCGGCUGCGGCGCUCAGGCAUCGAAGUCUCGGAGAAAUCGGCAAUACUUCUAAUCGUAGCUAGUCAUAAUGUUCGAUCGCUGGAAACAGAUCGAAGCACUGUACAUGAAUUAGCUACGUGGAGGUAUCAGAGAAAUAAAAAAAAAAGUGGAUUGUACCAGAGUGGCAUUUAUGUGAAUAAGGUGUCAACUUCGACGCGUGGUUCCAGUGGCCCUAACGAUUAUUCCUAUGCCCUUUGGCAAUUCAGAUAAAGCCAAAAGGUGUACCUCGCUAACUAAAUAAAACGUCGGUGUGAGCAAUGAUAAUUGCAGCGAUGUUGACCGCAAACGCAACUCCGGCCAUGUCGAGUAGUGAGGACUGUCAAUCUCUACUGUUCUCUGUGCGGUGUUAGACCAGGACCGGGUUUAGCAACAUUAGUCAACAUGUUUUAUGAUACAAACUCGCUCCUCAGAAUUACUAACAAGCUUGCAUCGAGCAUCCGAAUUCGGGUCAGCGAACAACCCCAUCUCCGAUCAACCAAUCAAUCACACAGCUUUUAAAAAUAUGAGGGGGAUUUAAAUCCGGCAGCUGGCGAGCAGAGCAGAGCGAUAGAUCGCAGCGUGUAGUUAUGCCAAAAACAAAAGCGUCCCGCCGAAGAAAGGGCCCAGUGCAGAAAAAGCCGAGUUCUACACAACCGCACAUUGAUUCUCUCUAAAAAUCAUCAUCAUCAUCGUAUCCAUCACACUUUUGUGUCUGUGUUUUACUGCGGACCUCUACAGAAAAGGUCAGCCGCUUGCGUUUAAAGUCAGCGGCUUAUUGUCGUUGUCUAAGUCGAAUCUCAACUCGAAAAGCAAUGCCCAACACUUCUGUUAUUCCGCUAGAGUAAAUAUGCGUGCUUCGUGAAGCCAAUGAGAACAUCUCUAUAUGAUGCUCGAAAGCCGCUGUCUGCCAGCUAAAUCUGUGGCGUGGCGUGCUUCUCGCUAUCCAUCGACCCGUGGCGCUAUAUGCGUGAACUAGGGGUGGAUACAUACAUCUAGCCAUACAUCGAGGUACAGAGGCCGUCCUAACAAAUAAUUACGGCUCCGAGAACUAGCCACUCUGACUACCAUGGAGACUACCAGCGGCAAUAGUAUUGUCAGUCAACAGUCAGGCACAGCUGUGGGUGCCGGUAUCAGUGUAAUGGGCACCAAACAGCAGACGCAGCAGCAUAACAGCCAAAUUGAGGCUUUUCUCUCGUCCACUAGCGGCAGCAGCGUGAAAAAACUCAAUAACGGGACAACUGCUACAACAACGGCGACAUCCUUGUCUAUAGCUAUCACCUCCAAAACAAAUAACAGCACCGGCAGUUUGUCUAGAACUGGACCAACUGGUGGAGACGCGGGCAGUAAAGAGAAGGCUUUCGGCAGAGAAAUGGGCAAAGCAGCUCUUAACAACUGCAAUAGUGUCGUAGCGAGUCAUAGCUCUGUGAGCCUUGCCCAGGACAGCAAAGAUACUGGCGGAGAAAAUGGCAACACCAAACGAGGUAGUCAAAAAGAACAGGUGUUAUUUUCACAAAAUUCAUCAGUGGUGACACCAGGGACAACACCUGCCCCUGCAACAGCGGCAAAUGCACCCCAGCCGAAUGGCCAGACAGCGGCCGAGGUAGCAGUCUCCAAACGUGGACGCAAAUCGAAGAUCACCUCAGACACGCCAGUAAAUCCGCCUGUGGAAGACGGUGGACCGACGUUAGGCAAAAGAACGCGCACAACAACGCAACCUUUUCAGAGCGCCAUGGUGGACCAAAUUCAGCAGGUGGUGGCUGUAAGCGCACGGGAGAAGCAACAGACAGCGAUGGAAGACAAGGUGGUAUUGUAUGACAAAGGCGAGUAUUUAGCCGUGCGCAGCGAUUCCCCUGAGGACUUCUUCCUGUGCAAAGCUCUCCAGAACGUUUACAGGUCAUCCAAGCGAAUACGGAUCUUCUGGCUAAACAAUGAGAGUCAAAAGUCGACGAGCUUAUAUCGACUAGACUUUCCUGACACCAUCGAAAGGGAAACCAUCCUGACCAACGUCCAAAUGCGAAAGGCGGGAGCUUGCAUGCAGCUGCUUGAUAACGAGCGCAGACGAGCACUGAAUAUUCUUGAAAGAGCUAUUCGGGUCGAGAAAGGUGAACUUCUCCCCGACCUCAAGGAUCCAAGUACAACCAGUGAACUUGGUCUGGACGUGAGUCUAAUUAAGGCCAAUGAAUCAAGUACGGAUGACGAAUCAGCACCUUUAGCUAAUGCCAGACCAACAGCAAGAAGAAAGGCUCCAAACUCAGAGAGUAAAAUCACACCAUUGACUAAGGUCGCUACUGAGACCAAGCCUAUAGCCAACCAGACAAAACAGUCCAGGGCUGCGGGUAGACCAUCGAAGUCGGCUUCCCCCGACAAAGCGGCACUAAAGGCUACCCCGAAAAGUACAAAGACUUCCCCGGCAGCACCUGUCGCCCGUGAAGAGAAGACCCCUGAUGGCAAGGCUUCCCUACCAAAAGUGUCUAAAGCUGAAGGAGCAGUUAAGGGGCAUGGAAGCACUACGCAGGCUGCAGCAGGAAAGAAGCGUGGUCGUAAACCUGGAAAACGAACUCAGCGAACCCAUUUUGGCGGUUGGGGCGGUGCGGGUCCGACCAGUGAAUCAGACUUCGAUGACACUUUUGAAGACGAACUUUUAACAAGUUACAUUGAAAUGUCUGCGGCAGCAGCGACAAAGCAAGCCAAAGAACGGGAACGCCCCCUUGAACCUGGUAUGGUUUUUAGAAAAGGAGAUUUCCUAGCUGUGCGUAACGAUUUUUGUGGCUUCUAUCUGUGCAAGGCUCAAUCAAAUAUCUAUGUAACAUCAGAAAAUAUCAAGAUUCAGUGGCUGAACGCUGAAGCGGGCAAUCCAAAUGUGUACGUGCUCGACUAUUCGGACACCAUCCAGAAAGCCACGAUUUUAACUAAGGUGGAAAUGACUCGCAGAGGCCGAGGUCGACUUUCUCUGAGUGACGAGGAGCGACGGCGAGCCCAGGACCUCCUAAGCGAAGCCUUGAGACUCGAGCGUCAGCAGCAGAAGCUACAAGGAAAGCUCGGUUCGUCUGAAGACACCGACAAUGAAACUGGAGACACCAAACCCCAAGAGGCGGAAGGACGACCAAGAAGGUUGCCGGCAACUAACACUGUAGCUUCAAAAGAUGGCGCCCCAUUGAAUAGGACUAACAACAACAAUGUCCCAGAUACCGGUGUAGCAGGACAACAGGAGACUGAGGUCUCCGAUGGAACCGUUGAUGCCAAGGCGGAAACUCAACACAAACACGAAGGUCGCAAGAGAAAAAGUCACCGAGAUAAGGAAUCUACUGGUAGCGGUUGCAAAAGGGAACGUCGCGAGGGUGCUCUUGGCGCAGGCGGAGUUCGAUUAACGAUCAAACGGGCGAAGGACCCAGCCAGUCAUAUUAGCGCCGUAGUAGCUCAGCAUAUAAUAAAUCCGAAUAUACCUGAAAUGACCAAAGACCCCCUCUGGGAUGGGCCGGAAUCCCUGACGCCAGCAGAAGCCGAAGCUCUUGGAAGCCUUUGGUCGACGGACUGUCAAGGCCCGGUAUCACCGUCGGCUGAUUCUUCUACCCGCUUGGCCGGCGCAGUCCUUCGGGGAGACCACGUCACGUUAAAGAGUCUACUUGUAGCUCAUUUAGGAAAAGUACACAAUUCAUUUGCUUGGCAAAGUGCUCAUGUACGACGAACAGCUUUAGAUCACGCCAUACUAAAGGGGGACAUUAUCGCAUUACGAUUACUUCUACCGAAACAAGAUGAUCAUGAAUUGACCGUUAAGUCGCCGAUCUGCUCAUUCAGACGUGAAACGAACCUUCUUCGAGUGAACAAAGAGGGGGACACCAAAGGUGGUAACACGAAAGAAGAUCGAAAAGAAAGCAAACGUGAGGGAAAUGCUGCUCUCCUUAAGGAUACCGAAGUUCCUCGACUUAUUCGGGCACAGGCUAUCGCCCAUGCAAAACAACUUGCUUUACAGAGAGGCGUGCCAGUCGAUGUUUUGGAGGAACUACUUUUAUACGAAUCGCCAGGUGGGCUUUGCGAAAACGACGCCCUUGAGGCGCUGGAAAACGGAAAUAGUGAAUUAGCUGUUGCUAUUGUCUCGCGCCUUCAGCUGCCAUCAGCUAGCACUGAAACCCCGACGAAUUUGCCAACGAUAGUAUCACCCUUGAUCGGGCGACUAUUAGGAAUCGCCGUGCCCAACGGUGCCCGUCAAACAUCGAUCGACUACUCAACUAACGGCAGCAGUGUUUCUGAUACUUUGAGACUGAGUGACCUCCUCGAGACACCUCUUGGUCCGCACGGCGCAUCGGCGUUCCAACUGUUAAUGGCAGGUGGUCGAGCAUGUCUUGUAGCCAUCUGCGAUUUAUUGUACGGGCCACGGUCGAAAGCAGCUGAGAAAGUAAUUCGGGAAGCAAUGGCACAACGGGAUGCCCGAGGUCGACUGCCUGCUCAUUAUGCUGCGGCGGCACGAAACUCUGCAUCGUUAGAAUGGCUUAUCAGCCGAGGAGCGAAUGUCACCGAGGUGGAUUAUGACGGUAACAGCCCUCUGCACGUGGCUGCCGUGCUGGGACGCGUUGAGUGUCUGCAAUUGUUAAUAUCUCUCCGACUGCGGGAAGGUUCAUCGCAUUCACAUCUGGAUGACACUAAUCGAAGGGGCCAAAGUGCCCUGCAUGCAGCCAUCGAAGCCGAACAGAUAGCCAGUAUACAGCGUCUUUUAACGUUCGGGGCGGAUGCCAACAAACCUCUUGGCUCCCACUCCGAUAAAGUAACGCCGCUGAUGCUGGCAGCCCAACGUGGACACAGGCUCGAAAUGCUCAGGGCGGUCCUUGAGAGAACGGACGGUAUCGAUGUUCAGGAUAAACGGGGGCGAUCAGCUCUCGUACAUGCGGCUAUGAACGGACACAGCGCUGCUGCGUGCUUCCUGCUGCGAAGAGGGGCCAACGCAGCCUUGACAGACGGCAGUGGCAAUUCGGCGCUGCAUUACGCAGCGGCUUAUGGGCAUCUUCAUGUUGUCAAACUACUGGUUGAGCUGGCCAACCUAAGUCCGGCCCAAGUGAACGACGCCAAGAUGUGUUCGUUAGAGGUGGCCUUUCGAAAAGGGCACAUCGGUAUUGUCAGGUACAUGCUGGACUUAGGUUGCUUUGCUCGUGGGCUGGGAGGUGGGGGUGGUUUGGCCGAACGUCUAUUAAGUGCCUGCGUCACUCUACCAGACUUACUCGAACCGACGAUGGUAGAUCGAUUCGAGAUGCUGCUUCGAUCUAUCCCAUCGCUCACGACUAAACCACUGGAUAAAGCUAAUAACAACAACCUUCUUCAUUUACUCGUCCUUAUGCAACGUCGCGUUAUAACUCAACAGGUCAACCGUACAGAAUCGGUUGUGAGGGAGCACCGCCUAUGUUUGUCUCAGGUUAUGGAUCUGAUACUCAAUUCCGAUCUGGAUUUAGCAAAGAAAGCAGUAGCAGCGACGAAUACCGAAGGUGAGACACCCGUAUCCUUGGCGCUUAGCUAUGGAUGUUUGGAAAUCGCAGCUCGACUUGGUCGCUCGGCACCCGCAAUGCUCAAAGCUGCCCUCAAAAACGAGUGCGCCCUUCGAAGGAUAGCGAUGCACUGUGCAACGUUCGAUAUCAGCACCGAGCUGUUAGUAGGCCUCGAAGACGAGGACAUUGGGGAACUUCGGACGCUUGCGCAGACCCUCGCAGCUCAGAAGGGCGUCAACUUGCUAUGCGUUGCGGUCACGACCAUUGAUGCAGCGAUUGAGGAUUGCGGCGGGGACGAUGAACCCGAAGCCGCACUUCGAGUUUUCAACGCUUGCCAUUUCUUGCGGUGGUUGCUCUGUCAUCUCGGUAUGGAAGCGACGGGUCCAGUGUUGCACGCCGCCGUUCGAUGCCGAUCACCUCAGCCGCUGCAAACAAUUCUCGAGUCCUCAAAGUCAGUUCCAUCACUUCAUGCUAACAUCGAACAUCGCCAACAGGGAUUGACACCGCUACAGGAGGCGGUCUUGCAAGGAAAGACCCGAGCCGCACUCCUCCUCGUGGCGCACGGAGCUCGCACUGACCUUAUGAUGCCCCCGUGUGUCGUUCAGCAAACAGCAGAUGAGGGUUCACAAUCUGCGUUGCCCCUUUUGCUAUUCUGCUGUCUACCUGGCCAAGUGCAAGAUAAAGCGUUUCAAGGAGAACUAAUCAGGAAGAUUGCCGAGCAGAAAACACGAGAUUUGACAGCAAUCCAUCCCGUAUCAGGCGACUGCGCUCUACAUUACGUUGUGCAGAAACGUCACUGGGACCCGGAUGAUCUCUGCCGGACAGUUGAUACCCUAUUACGCUGUGGACUGGCUGCCCUGGCGACUAACGUUUUGAAGCAGACGCCAUUACAUUUAGCGGCAGCCAGUAAUACUACAGGAGACUCGCGAAUUGAAACAGCACUUGUGAACGCUGGCGCUGCUAUUGAUGUUCUAGAUAUGGAGAGGAGAUUACCGCUACAUUACCUUUUUUUGGGUCCAGCUGGUCGCAAAGAUCCUAUUGAGCUUUGCCGUUUACUCGUGCCAUCAAAGACUUCACGUCACAUCGAUGCCACAGAUGCGCCGGAAAACGCCACCGCAUUACAUUACGCUGCCCAGGCGGGUGCUGCCCUUUGUUGCCGAUUUUUGCUACUACGAAAUGCCAAUAUCGAACUCCGCAACAAGCAGGGAAAUAGCGCACCAGGCUUGGCAGUACUACGACGUCAUGCGGGAGCGACUUUAGCCCUAAUUGAAAAGGGCCACUGGUACUCUGACGAGAUCCUUCUUGAGCCUAAUCAGACCUGCUCUCCAUCAGCUGAGAGAUUAGUUUGGCGGUACGUUUGCCCAAAGAAGGUGUUGCCCCAGAGAAAAUCGUUGUUGCAAUGUGUAUUUGAGAUAGCCAAAAGUUUUCGCGAUUCCAAAGUGAGAACAGCAGGGGAUGCAAACAAUAAAUGCACUGCGACGAGGACCAAUGGACAAAAUGGAGAAGAUCGGGGUACAGGUCUUGCUCCUAUUAAGGCCAGAUACGAAGUGGAUAACGCCAGUGCUGCAGCAGUGAUUGCAAAUUCUGCAACCAAUCCUGCGACUUCUGUGUCAUUGUCAACUUCGGCAGGAAGUGGUAGUUCUGGGGAAGAUUCUCUCGAAGUUGUGUGGGGGUCGUUGAUUUCAGGAAUUCUUAUUGAACAGUUGGAACAUAAAAGUCAUCCAAUGACGCUGGCUGUUGACGCCGCUGUUCGAGCUCAAGAUUAUCCACGAGCCCUUAAAUUAUUGGGAAGAGUGAAACACGGGUGGACGCUGACGUCCCAGAAGCAGACUGUUUUGCAUCUAUUGGCCCAACAACCCUAUGGCGAAGGUCAACUUCAGCUGGCCCAAGCGCUACUCGAUCGUGACGUGAUUCUACAGCAAACUGACGAGCAUGGCUGUACUGCGCUCACCUAUGCAAAUAUUAACUGGAAUCACAGGCUGGCGGAGUUCCUCGUGGCGAAAAUGGGCAUUCAGGCAGUUGCAGACCUUUCUGCUGAUCUCUCAAUUCGAACACCGCUAUCAGCAAUCUUCUGGAACCUUGAACGACAGCCACUCCCCCCCGAAAUGGCUCAAUUAGCUCUUAGACUAAUCAGAGCCGGAGCGAAAAUCGAUGUGCUUAGCCGAUACCCAAUACGUAAUCUCGAGUUUCCCGGUACAGUCUGUGUAUCAGAAAGUCUCCUGCAUGUAGAAAAUCCUAUGGCGUGCCGCAUCUCACCUUUAAUACUUGCUGUUUGUAAAAAGAACUACGCCACUGCUGGAUUUCUUCUCAGAGAAGGGGGGGCCGAUCCUAACUUCAAUGACGGCCAAAAGCGCACGCCAUUAAUGUAUGCCAUUAAACUGAACGAUAUCGCAAUGGCUAAACUUCUUCUAAACUACAAAAGCAUCGAUGAGGGCUUGAAAGGCCAACACCUCGUGGCCACUAAAAACCCUCAGACUUUUUCGGAUUCGAACAACGUGAAAAUUCAACAGCGCACAGAAAUGACAGCAAUUAAACAAGAAAAAAAAACAGAAUCAACCGAAGACCACGAUGACCAGAAACUGACCAAAAAACCCUCUUCUUUAGCAGGAACUGAAGGUGAAGGUUUUGUGAUGACGUCACAAAUUAACCUUGCUCACCAGGACUUUUUCGGGUGGACGGUUAUACAUCAUGCGGUAGCUCCUCUUCCCGAUGUGACGUAUGUGUGCACAGAUAUGGUCCGAUUACUUGCACACGUUGGAGCACCUCUGGGAGCUCCCGUCGACACUCAAAACACCCAAAAGACGUUCCCUCUUCAUCUCAGUGCGGGGCGAGGCGUCGAGAGCAUAACCGUCGUUCUUCAAGAACUUUUAGGAAGUAACGGCAAGGUUACAGAGCCCCCAACUAAAAUAAUGUUUCGCGAGCCAGCUGCAAUUGCCGAUGACGGAUUAUUGGAUUCAUUACCAGUUCGGGAUUUCCGAAAAGAUGCGAAGUCACAGAGAAUACGUGCCAACGGCCUGGAACAGCUAGGAGCUAAUGGAGUGGGGGGCCUAGGUGGAUUAGACAGCACGGGCAGAGUGGAUCCGCUGGCGCCAUUAGACCCUCACGAAUGGGAAGUGAUGAGAGACUCGGCAACUCCGGGUCAACUACAACCAGCCUAUGAUGUACUUUUAACAAAACUCGACUCUCACCCUUUGGUGUACUCCUUCUGUAAAUUGCAAGUGGCAGCCUCGCUGGAUUGUACACGCUUUACUUUAAUCGAGAGGUCAGGUCGCGUGGGCGAUUCUGGUGUGGCGCAGGUGACGCCAAUGGGCGGUAGCCGAGUUGAUGCAGCCCGUGAAUUUUGUCGUCGUUUCCGUGAGCGUACCGGCGCAAACUUUGAAGAAGCCCAUACACUUCGUCCAAUACCCGGUAAAUUCCGUCCGGUCUUACUGCGAAGCCGAGAGUCCGGCGACAAUAAACAGGAGUUUCGAGAAGGGGGCGAUCGUCUUGACAUUGACGGAAGAACCGGCAUUCUCGAUGCAGUCACCAAAGCUCUACCGAGCAAGCUUGCCACACCUCUUCAGGCCCUACUCAAAAGCAUCAUUAAAGGCUGUGAAAUGGCACCGGGAGUACCUUGCUCUGAGGACGGACUCAAGGAAGCGCUGUCCUUGCUAGAAGAAAUGCGCCAGCUCGCCGCUGAGAGACGGCAGCUUGAAGCCACAGCUGAAAAUGCCGCAGUUGAAAAGGAUGGGGUCGGAGCUACCAAUGGCCAACAUUUAGCAGAACUUCUGCUCCGUUUGGCUGAAAGAAGUCAUCAGCUACAUGCCCUCUUGCCACCUCCAACGCCGAGCCAGCACCGAAGUGGGACUAGUGGAAGAAAUGGAAGCCGACGAAAGAGCACUAGCUGCGGUGGAGCUGUUGCUUUGGCUAAUUGGACAAGAGCUUCGCCUGAACAGCUUGAACCUCUUUGGACCGAAGAACAGAUUGAUGAACAAAUCGCCCGUGUGCAGGUUCUCCUCGAUCUGCAGCUCUCUCGGCAAAUGUUGCGGGGGGCCGUAUUUGCAGUGGCUGAGGUUCAUCCACUCGAAUAUGUAUACAAAGCCACACAAUGCCGUCUUCAACAACUUCAAGUUGAUUCAACUGAAACGCAAACAAUUUUACAAUAUAUCCACAACUCACUCAUUCGUUGGCGACCCUCCGGAGAUUCGUCGAAAUCCUCUCCGCCUCCCUCGUUUGGGCCAUCGUCGGCCGCAUUUAUACGGGGGCCGUUCACGGUGACUGGUGUCUAUCGCGUUUCACGAGCAGAGGAAGAAAAACAGAUUGUAAGCGAAAGUGCCAGUGGUCUUCCGUCUGGAGUCCGCAACCAUUGGCUGUUGUGGAAACCGGUGGGUGCAGGAGGCCUUUUGGCAGCACUUUAUAGGGGAUUGCAAGCUACCCCCCUCACAGGCGCUUGGAGGGAGUGGCCACAACACUCUCGCGGAAUUACAUUCUACGACAGGUUUGGACAGGGUCUUGCUUUUGCCGAGUCCAAUCCAGGCGGCGCGCGCUUUGCCCUUCUUUGCCAGGUGGCAUUGGGAGAAUGCGUCGAACUACCGUCCGGUGGAGGUCGCGGACCCUCGGGGAGCCAUAGUGCUCGGUUGCCUGGUCGAUGGACCCCUGACCCCCGAGCCCACAUAUCGUGGCAGAGUUGGACUGUACCUUUGGGUGAAACCACACUUACUCAGGUUGCGCCCACAAGUGCUGGUUGUCACUCGAAUUCGGCUCACCUAGCCCGCGAGGUUAACGAAUUUGUGGUAUAUAAACCGCAACAGGUUUGCAUGAGAUAUCUUGUCGAAUAUCAUUAAGCAGCAAAUAGUCCUAGCCGUAAGCGAAAUCGGUAGCCUACCAGUCGAUGUAAAUUGACCGCAACAGCAACAAUGAACCCCACAGCUGGCGGCUAUGAACAUAGGGUGUAUAGCAACUUGUAAGAAUCCGUUUGGAUAUCAAUCAUCAACGUCAAAACAAUCGCUGACAUUAAUGAACAGCACAAGAAAGCAAUCAUUCGUCAAAACCUACAAAGUACCUCUUCUUCGAAGUACGGAUUGCCCAUACAGGCAGGGUAGAGAAGUAUAAUUUAAGUUGUAAAUGAACCUAAAUCGAAGGGAUGUUUAAUCUAGUGCUGCACUAAUAGUCGUCCAAUCAAGGGUAGUUAGCAUGAGCCGAGAUCUAAAAAUAUUUGUAGAUUCUUUGGAAUCUCAUGCCAGUGAUGAGGCGACAGACAGAACUGCUCCUGAAUUCUCUGCAGGUUUGUACUACAAUACAAGCCGAGAGAGGGCGCUAUAAUCGCAAUCCUAAUAAUGGCCCCCCAGUCUUAAAAGCUGAAAGCAUUACUGAAUCGUGGGCAAAAGAAACCUACAAGUUAUCCAUCAGCGUAUACGGUCGUUAAAGCUACCGAAGGUUCGGUACAGUAAUGUUUCGCUCGAAGAGGCAAAAAACUAAUGGUGUCAACUUUGUACAUUCGUUAAGUUCUACUGUUUUCCUACGAAUAUUGUAAUACCGCCGAUUUUAGUACCCAGUUAGUUCUGCCUUCGACACAGAUCAAGCAUGCCUGCUUGAGUAGUAUCAAUCUGUCACCGUCAAGGAGCCUCCAUUAGGAUUAAUUUACCUGAGCACAUAGUUCGCCACAUUUUAUGACUUCUGUGUGGAUAUAAUUGACCACAAAUUUUAUAAACGUCAUCUACAUACACAUUGGAUAGAGUGAUAUAGUUAGUGAAGGACUAAAAAUUGAUGUUAUAUCAUCAGUUCAUUAACAAAAGGAGAAAUAAUAGCCAUUAGCCCUAUUAGAAGACUAGUAGCACACAUAGAGACAAUUUUCCUAGUCUCUAUUAAACUCCCCGCUGGGUUUUUGACAAAAAGAAACGCACAUUUAUGCGCGCAACAUGUGUUUUGUUUUUUGCGUCUGUCAAGAAAGUAGGUCGCAUUUAGCAUUUCUGGACGUUUAUUUUUAAAUCAUUUAUCUGUCCUAUUGCGAAUAUGAGUUAACUAUGGGUAAUCUCUUACAUGUGUAAAACUUGGAAGUGAAGUGACGUAAUACAAAUGAGGAAAGUGUUCAAAGAACUUAAGCCAAUAGUGCGAUUGCCACGACAAAAUUGUGAAAAACAUAGCUUGGUAUUGCAGCUUCUCCUGAUUAAAAGUGGAAUGCGUGUGUGUGUGUGUAUAUAUAUACAGAAGAUAUACAAACAUACAUCUAUACAAGUAUAUAUAUAUAUAUACA